AUGUCUCGCCUUACUGGACGUGUGUCUUUCCAAGGACAGGAAAACUGCUAUUCUUCCUUGAACUAUCGUCGUAUGGACAAUCAGGAUGUUCGUCGUGGAAAUGGAAACAACUAUCGUCAACCGUUCCGAUCCGAAGACAAUGAGGAGAGAUCAAAACCACGUGGAAAGGGAGCUGUCAGAUAUCAAGGAACUUAUAGUGAUAGAUUCCAUCGUCAGGAUCAGAAUAAGGUUUGCUUCUCAUCGGAUCAAAACGAAAGAAUUGGAAUGAAAGGAUCGGAUCGAUGCACUGGACCAUCUCAAUCUCAAGAUAAACCAAUCACUCGUAAGCCAACUCAAAGAAUCGAGGAUGUGAUUCCACCUGAGGAACUUCUGGAAGUGGAAGAUCUUAUCGAACAGAUCAGUGAUUUGAGUAUCCGAAGUGAUCGAUCAGCAUCCCAAAUCAAGAGAAACAUCCUUGCAAGUGACCUACUUUUGGAUACAAUGGACAUUGAUGAUUGGGAAAAAGUUUGUAAAUCCAUGAUCGAGACAGCUCUCGAUAAAGGAGAAACCGAGUUCAUUGCAGACUUAAUGGUCGUUCUUCUUAGUAAGUUUUCCUCAUUUUUUGAUUCAUUUAAUUUAAUUUUUUCAGAAAAUCCAAUUUUCGCUGCUGUAAUGUCAGAUGAAUUGAUGGAUGCUUCAUCUAAACACAUAAUGGAAAAAGACGGGAAAUCAAUUCCAUCAUUCCUAUCUUCUAUCCUCUGUGCUCAUUGGCCAAGACAAUAUUUCAAAGCAUUCGACAAUGUGAAUCCAAUUCUGUAUACUGUUGUUUGUAUUGUCAAAGGAUGGAUUCUCGUUGUUCAAGAAGAUACCCAAAGAUACUACAGUAAGCCAGGAGAAUCCAAAAACACUCCAGAAAUCAUCGAGACUCCCGAAAUGGUCAAUUUGUGUGCCGUCGCUCUAUCGGAUCUUUGUGAAUCGGCUCAACGUCAACUCUGGAUCAAUUGGGCGUCUCUUACUGAUGAAAUCUAUGAAUGCAUCAAACCAUCAAUCACUCACAAUCCAAAUUUAACUGGAGAUUCCAAGGAACGUCUUCUGGAAACACUUCUUCAGAUGACACAAUGGACCAAGAAUCGACAGGCUUCAAUGAAGAGUUCAGGUGUUCAAACUGUCUCUUGCGGAUGUUAA